AUGGGUGGUGAUGGCGGGUGGUGUUGGUUGGGUGGUGAUGGUGGUGGUGGGUGGUGGUUGUUGGUGGUAGUGUGGCGGGUGGUGGUUGUGGGUAGUGAUGGUUGGGUGGUGGUGGUGGCGGCGGGUGGUGGUUGUGGCAGGUGGUGGUGUGGUGGAUGGUGGGUAGUGAUGGGUGGUGGGUGGUGGGUGGUGGUGACGGGUGGUGCUGGUUGGGUGGUGCUAGUGGUGGUUGGUGAUGGUGGUGGUUGUGAUGGGUGGGUGGAGGGUGGUGGUGGUGGCGGCUGUGAUGAGUGGUGGGUAGUGAUGGGUGGUAGUGGUUGUUGGAGGUGGUGGCGGGCGGUGGUGAUGGGUAGUGAGGGUGGGUGGUGGUGGUGA